ACUUUUAUUUGAGCCCGUACAAGCCACCAAGUAAGAGGUAUUCAGUAGGACUCAACAUUCCGCACGAUGAAGAACUCCGUGAUUGUUCUCUGUCUUCUGGGAACUCUGGCAUUUUCACCUGUAAAAGUGAAGAGUUCCCGGGAUUCGCAUUACUCCGAUUUUGACGAAGAAGAUGAUUCAAGAAUUCAUCCAGAUUUGCCGGUGGAGAAUCCCUUCAACAACAAAGCCAUCCUGCCUGAGGAACUCGAAACGGAAUUCUGGAUGAGAAAUGCGCGGGAAACUGUUGCAGAGAAGGUUGAGACUUACAGCAAACCCAAUACGAAUGUCGCCAAGAACAUCAUCUUCUUCAUUGGCGAUGGCAUGUCUUUCCAAACUGUUGCUGCCACGAGAAUGCACAGCGGCAAUGAGAACAACAAGUUGUCGUUCGAGAAGUUCCCCUACUUCGGAAUGGCCAAGACGUACUGCGUUAAUAGACAGGUCUCUGAUUCCGCAUGCACCGCAACGGCUUACCUGAGCGGCGUAAAGGCAAACUACGGCACAAUUGGUCUUGAUGCCGGCAUUUCGCGCUACGACUGCGAAGGACAGGCCAAUGAGGCGCAUCAAACAACAGGAAUUGGUCAAUGGUCUCUGGACUCCUGCAAAGGAGUGGGCCUCGUAACAACAACCAGGAUCACUCAUGCAACCCCUGCAGGACUAUUUGCUCACAUUGCUGAUCGCUACUGGGAGAAUGAUGUUGAAGUCGAAGACGAUAAUUGUGAUCCUGAAACAACGGACGACAUUGCAGAGCAGCUAAUCAGGAGCAAAGUUGGGAGCAAACUGAAGGUCAUCCUUGGAGGAGGACGAAGUGAAUUCCUCGAUAAAUCAGUCACAGAUGAAGAACAAAAUCCCGGAUUGCGUGGAGAUGGGCAGAAUUUGAUUGAAGAGUGGAAGACUGAACGCAGCAAGGAUGGCAAUGCGGAGUACAUUUGGCGCAAGAGUGAACUGUUGGGCUUGGACGUUAACAGUACAGACUACCUUCUUGGACUGUUUGAGGGAGACCACAUGAAGUUCCAUUUGGACGCUGUUGCUGAUCCAGAAGAGCCAACACUCAGCGAAUUAGUGGCAACUGCCAUUAAAAUGCUGCAGAAGGAAGAGAAGGGAUACUUCCUCUUUGUUGAGGGCGGAAAGAUCGAUGUUGCGCAUCAUGAAUCAUGGACAAGACGUGCUCUGGAUGAAACACUGGAGUUCUCAAAUGCCGUCCAGCUGGCCAGGGAGAUGACAAGCGAGGAGGAUACUCUGAUUGUUGUAUCUGCAGAUCACGGGCACACCAUGACGUUCGCUGGAUAUCCGUCUCGUGGAGCUGAUGUACUGGGAAUUGCGCAGAACAGCAACAUCGACCGGAUGCCCUUCUCUGUGCUCAGCUAUGCGAACGGUGCUGGCUACAAGAACACCUACAACGAGUUGGGAGAUCAACGUCUUGACAUUACUGGCUUUGAUUCAUCUGAUCCUGAAUUCCAAUACUUCGCCACUGUUCCACUAAACGUUGAGAGCCACGGUGGGGAUGAUGUUGGAGUCUACGCUUCCGGGCCUUGGGCUCAUCUCUUUGUCGGCCAGUACGAACAGAACAUCCUGCCCUACGCUAUGGCCUAUGCUGCUCAAAUUGGAGCCUAUGGUGAUGACAUUCAAUGUAGUUCUGCAUCAACCUUGGCUGGCUCCAUCUUCUUACUCCUGUUCAUUCACCUUCUUCGUCAGAUCAACAUUUUAUAAGAAAAAAACUCUUUUUGGACAGAAAAAGACUUUAAAGUUCAUUCAACUCUUGUUUAUUUUUUUUAUGUUCUAAAAUUGAAUUUGAUAAAUUCA